AUGUAUUCAGCAGAAUAUUAUUAUAAUGAAACAGGUAUAGGUGGACUUAGUUUUUAUCAUUCAGUUCGAAAACUUCUUAAUCAAAAGUUUAAUGUUAAAAUAUUCGAUCGCGAGACUAGUCCUCAAGAUAUUGCAGCACCAAAAGAUUUGGCCGACCGAUUGAUGUCUGUUUAUGCAAAUGCAAUAAUGCAAAAAUCUCUUGGACGGAAUGGCGAUUCAUUUCUUUCAAUGGUGCGCUACAUACCAAUCGAUCAAUCCGAUGAACCAAAUUUGGCAAUAGAAUUAUUUUCAUUGGCUCCAUUCUCUCAUCCGAGCAAAAAGUACCCAUUUAGAACGUAUAAUCGUCCGCGACGUCGUCAACUUCGUGAUAUUGAUCCAUUAAUUGCUUUGUUAGAAGACGCUGCUCAUGCUAUGAAUCCAUUAUUAGGAUUAGGUGCAAAUAAUGCUAUACAAGAUGCCGACCUGUUGACUAAGGAAUUACUCAGUUGCGAAAAUGAAGAACUUAUUACGUGUAUUCAACGAUAUAACGAGAAAAUGCGAGUUCGAUCAUCUAAAGACGUUAUAGCAUCUCGUAACACGGUAUUAAGACAACGACGUCCAUUGGGGAAUUUUGAUUGGCUAGUAUUAAGUGGGUGCUAUCGUGGACCAGCUCAAAAAUAUAAUGGAGGGAAAUUACAUGGUCUAGGUCUAAAAUUAAAGUUAUGCGAAGAUAUUAAAAUACAUCAUGCAUCUGGACUUGCCUACUUUGCAUGUGGAGACGAACAGAGUCGCAAAACUAUACCAUGGCCACCUCCAUAUAAUAACAGUUUUCAUCUAAGGGGAACUUUUUAUGUAUACAACGUCAAGACAGACAAGUUAACAUUCCUUAUUCUCAAAAAUUUUUCUGAUAAAGAAGAUUUUUCGCUUCAUGGUUUUGGAAUAUAUGAAAGUCCUACGGAACCUGAUAAUCUUUAUUUCUUUAUUAUAAACCACAAACGCUCCGGAAGUGUGAUUGAGUUAUUCAGGCACAAAAUAAACACAUUUGAAUUAUAUUAUUUAAAAACAUUUAAACAUGGUUUAAUUUAUAAUCCUAAUAAUAUUGCUCCAGUGUCAAGAGAAGAAUUUUACGUAACAAAUGAUCUUUAUUGUCAGUCGUAUUGGAUGAUGCUAUUUGAAAUCCUGACACGUCGUAGAUGGAGCAAUGUUGUAUUUCACUCCUCAAAAACCAAUACUACAGAAAUAGUUGUUGAUGGAUUAACUUUUGCAAAUGGGAUCAAUGUAAAUUGGGAUUAUUCCCGCGUUUUUAUUGGAACUAUUGGUACGGGAGAACUUUUAAUAUAUGAAAGAAAUCCUGAUAAUAAAUUGAAGCUGUUAAAUGUGAUUGAUGUUGAACAUCCUAUUGAUAAUGUUAAUGUGGAUCCGGUGACAGGAGAAAUUUAUCUUGCAGUGGCACAUAAUCUUGCAGAAAUGGGCUUGUAUUUGAGUGGUUUGGUCAAAUCAAAAAAACCUUCAUUCGGUGUAAUUAAAAUUAGCAACAACACUGAAGAAGACAAGUUUGAUGGGAUCAAAUACGUAAAAGAGAAAAUAUUUGAGGAUGAUGGUGCUUUGUUUCAUACAGUUUCUGUGGUGGCUGGUGAUAGUAGUAGGAAAGUGAUGUUUUUGGGAUCACCCUUUGCUGAAGGGGUUGUUAGAUGCGAUUGGAUUAAGUGA